GCAACCCAGGAUUGAGGAAACAGACGCUUGACGUGUAAAUUGACAAACAUCCGCAGCGUCGAAAAGUCAGUCGCCGCAAUAAUAAAAUUCAUACUUUUCUCGACAUUAAUUUGAAUUUUUAAUGUUGUCAGACGCGUAGAAAGAUGGACAUCAAUCAGGAGCAACAGAUAAAUCAGCCAACAAUGCUGCCCCCUCCCCCACCACCUCCAGGUAUGCUUUUAGGUGGUCCACCUAAUUGGCCGCCGGGUCAGGGUCCUACGUUGAUGGGACCACCUAGUGGUCCACCACCACAAUCUUUGCUUGGACCGCCUCCUGGCACUAAACUUGGUCCCCCUGGCGGAUUAUUAACAGGGCCAAAUCUGGAAGAUCCGAACCAAGCUCCUCCAAUGUUGAUGAGUCUGAAUGUGGGUGGACCAGUUUUAGCGGAGCAGGAUCAAGCAAAUAAGAAACCAUCUGAAUUGGUACUGCCGAAGGCAUUGGAGGAUGCUCUGGCGCUCAAAACCCUUCGUGCCCGGGAACUAGGAGCCGAGGAAGCAUUGGCUACAACCGGAGCUGUCGUCCCUGUGAUCCCGACACCGAUGGCACCCCCUCCACCAUCUGGAGUUAUGAGUUCCUAUUUGGACAUGGAUGGCGAUUCAGAUGAUGAGCAAAUGGAUGGAAUGGUUCCGCCACCUCCGGUCAUUUCAAAAGCAGAGGGUCGCUUAGACAGAAAUCGUCGCCGAAAGCAAAGAAAAAAGGAAAACCGCAAAGCACGCCGGGAACAAAAUGCUGCCGUUUUAUUGCAACGUGAAAAGGAUAAAGAAGAAGCGGGCACUAAACCGGUUCCAGAACGUGCUACAGUUGAGAUACAAGACAAAGAACAGGAACCGGAAGCUGAGGAAAAUGAUAAUCCUGCCGAGAAGACCGAGAACGAAUCACCCCCUGAUCCGGAAAAACAAAAUGGAGACAAACCUACUUCCGAUUCAACCGACGAGGAUACCGGAAAUGACGAAAAGUCUAAAACCAAAAUCAGCGAUAGCCAGAAAGCCAUGGAGAAGAGCAUCAGAAAGAUCAACCAAAUCAAUGAUUCUAUCACCAUGAUGACCGAAGCAUUGGGGGAUGUCGAGAUUGAAUACGUUCCGGAAAAGAUAACCAUCGCUGAUUUGGCCCCUAUGUAUCGCCAAUUCUAUAGGGUUUUCGAAAUUUUCAAGCUCGAAACUAAACUGAAAGAAACGGCUAAGGUGGAAAAUGCUGACCUGGAGAAGGCUGCUGCUGCGAAGAAAGCUGCUGAGAAGGACGACGACGACGACGACGAUGACGAUGAUGAGGACGCCAUGGACGAAGGGGAAAAAGACGAUAAGGAAAGAAUUUCGAAACGAAAAAUGAAAAAGCUUACCCGUCUCAGUGUGGCCGAACUGAAACAACUGGUCGCCCGGCCGGACGUGGUUGAGAUGCACGAUGUAACUGCUCGGGAUCCCAAGUUACUGAUCCAGCUAAAAUCUCACCGCAACACGGUGCAGGUUCCACGUCACUGGUGCUUCAAAAGGAAGUACUUACAGGGCAAGCGUGGUAUUGAGAAGCCACCAUUCGAGCUACCGGCUUUUAUUAAGAAAACGGGAAUCAUGGAAAUGCGUGCCUCCUUGCAGGAAAAAGAUGAAUCCAAAACGCUGAAAGCGAAAAUGCGAGAACGUGCGAGGCCAAAGAUGGGCAAAAUCGAUAUCGAUUACCAGAAACUUCACGAUGCAUUUUUCAAAUGGCAAACCAAACCCCGUAUGACCAUCCAUGGGGAUUUAUAUUACGAAGGAAAAGAGUUCGAGACGCGAUUGAAGGAGAAGAAGCCCGGUGAUCUUUCUGAGGAACUUCGUGUGGCUUUAGGUAUGCCGAUUGGCCCGGCCUGUCAUAAGAUUCCCCCUCCUUGGUUGAUUGCUCAACAACGCUACGGCCCACCGCCUAGCUAUCCCAAUUUGCGCAUUCCCGGCUUAAACGCGCCGAUUCCCGAAGGUUGUUCCUUUGGGUAUCACGCUGGCGGUUGGGGCAAACCUCCGGUGGAUGAAAAUGGUAAACCAUUGUAUGGAGACGUUUUUGGAAUGAGUGCUAGCGAAUUUGAUAAUGGUAUUGGGGAGGAAGAAAUUGAUCGCACCCAGUGGGGAGAACUGGAAUCCGAAUCGGAAGAAUCUUCCGAAGAAGAGGAAGAGGACGGAGAAGAUUUGGGAGCUCCUCCAGAUGAAAGUGGUCUUAUUACUCCAGCCGAAGGGUUGGUAACGCCUUCUGGUUUGACUAGUGGUGUACCAGCUGGUAUGGAAACUCCGGAUACCAUAGAGCUUCGUAAGAAAAAGAUUGAAAGCGAAAUGGAGGAUAACGAAACUCCUGUACUGUACCAGAUCCUCCAGGAACGGCGUGGUGAUCGUAUCGGAGCUGCUAUGAUGGGAUCAACCCACGUGUAUGAAAUGCCAAGCGCUGCAGCUGCUGCAGCCGGAGGAUCACGUGCAGCUCGCGGUGGUCCCAUUGAUCGGGAAGGUAUGGUAGAAUUGGCUCUCGAUCCUUCUGAACUGGAUAUGGACAACGAAGCGAUGGCCCAACGAUACGAGCAACAGAUGCGUGAACAGCAAAGCCAUCUGCAGAAGGAAGAUUUGUCUGACAUGUUAGCCGAACAUGUGGCCCGGCAGAAGUCCAAACGAAAACGCCAACAAACGGACACCACUAGCAAGCAGACCAAGAAAUAUAAGGAAUUCAAGUUUUAAAUUAUUUGAUUUCUGUUUAACUUUACUAAAAGUCUAUCAUGUCUGUCUGCAUAUUGAAUACUAUCUUGAAAGGUUUAAUAAACUAUCUUGAAAGGUUGAAUAGA